AUGAGUCAGGACUUUGCUGCUCCUCUGGAGAGCUCUUUCAUCUCAUUGCUGCCUGUUGUGGGCUGGAGGAAACCACUAAGGAGACAGGGGUUCCACGGAGCAGCAAAAGGUCACCAGGCUUAAGCCUUCUUGGCCUUCAAAUUGAGGACUUCCUGUAAACAAACAGCUAUUCAGUCUUUGCCUUGACAUCUGAGUCACCUUCCAUCUCUCUUAGGAUGACAACUGUAGAAUUUUUCUGGGGAGAUCUGAGCUCUCUGCCAAGGAAGCAAUAAAAUGGCAUAAACCUGCGAACAGGAAGUGUUUAAUUGAAGGCAAAGGAGCCAUUCAAAGCCUCAGUAGGAUUUUGCCUAUUCAAACCUGGCCUGCAGAUCCAGCCAACCAGGGUAUGUUACCUCCAGGUUGAUUGUUCAGAAAAGAGAUUGACACAGGCAGAGAGCCAGGAAGCAGAAAGGCAAUGACAGCUCAGAGCCAGGAGGACUAUGAAGAAGAUCUGCAGAGGCAACUAGAUGCUACAGACUUUGAAGACUCUACACUAAAACAGUCCAAUAUGUCACUUGGAACUGAAAGCAGAGGAGGAAGCCAGUCUGGGUGGUGGAACAGAGCCUUAACCUUUGCUGAGAGGAGCAUUAGACCUUGGUUAUGGCGUCUCCUCUGUCAUUCCUAUUGGCCUGGUCACCGGGGAGCAUAUCACCUGAGUAAGAGGAGGAGGAUGGAGAGGGUGACCCCAGGGAAGGCAGGACACUAUCAGAGGCGUGAGGACAGUGGACCAUAUGGUUCCUCACCCGAGGAGGUGCUAGAGAUUGCGGGGUCUGCCCAGCGACACAGCUCCCAUAAAGCAGCACAUGAGGCAUAUGUGGAACUUCAUGAACUGGUCAUGGACAAGAACAAUGAGUUUCGCUGGAUGGAAGCUUCUCACUGGAUCAAACUGGAAGAAGACUUUGAGGAGAUGGGGCAUUGGGGCAGACCUCAUCUUUCAUAUCUGAAUUUUCAAAGCCUUAUGGAUGUGUACAGGGCUCUUGCCAAAGGAACCAUCCUACUGGAUCUGUCAGAGAAGAAUUUAGCUGGCAUUGCCAAUCGGGUACUUGACCAAAUGAUCUAUGAAGAGCAGCUCAAACCAGAGGUCCGAGAUGAGCUCUUCAGAGCCCUCCUACUGCAGCACAGUUUUCCUAAUGAGUCUGCUUCAGUAGGCACUCUUUCUCCUGCACUGCUGCAACAGACUGAUGUCAAAGACUCAGGACAGCCACUUUUGAAGGAACAUGAACAAAUUGAGAUGAAGACUUUUUCUUCUGACUCAGAGCAGAAAAAGCCAGAUAGUAGUCAUUUCAAGAAGCCGCUUUCAGAUAAGGUCCCAGAAGAUGCAGAAGCCACAUUGGUCCUAGUUGGCCGUGCCGCCUUCGUGGAGCACCCCACUCUGGCUUUUGUACGCUUGAAGGAUGCUGUGGAGCUGGAUUCUGUUCUGGAGGUCUCUGUGCCCACCAGAUUCCUUUUCGUGGUUCUGACUCCAAAUUCCCCACACACCAACUACCAUGAGAUUGGGAGAGCCAUCUCAACAAUGAUGUCUGAAAGGGUGUUUCGCAAUGAUUCCUACCUGGCAGAGAGAAAGCAAGACCUGCAGAAGAGUAUGAAGGAGUUCCUGGAUUUUUGCAUUGUCCUGCCACCCUCUGAUAUCCAAAGUGAAAGACUCCUCAAGACAUUGCUACCAGUACAGAAGGACCUCCUACGGAAGCGGUACCUGCCUGUGGAGAAGCAGCAGCAAGAGGAAGAGGUGUUAGAGAAAAAACAGAAAGUCCGGGCUGGCAAAGAUGACGAUGACCCCUUGCGCAGGACCGGCAUACCUUUUGGGGGUCUAUGGAGAGACAUAAAACGUCGGUACCCCAAGUAUCUCAGUGACAUCACCGAUGCUUUUAAUGCCCAGUGUUUGGCUGCAGUCAUCUUCAUCUACUUUGCUGCCCUUUCUCCUGCCAUUACUUUUGGGGGUCUUCUGGGGGAGAAGACUAAUAAUAUGAUGGGAGUAUCUGAGCUUCUGCUCUCUACAGCCAUUCAGGGUGUAAUCUUCUGCUUGCUUGGAGCUCAGCCUUUGCUUGUGGUUGGCUUUUCUGGGCCCCUUUUGGUCUUUGAAGAAGCCUUUUAUCAGUUUUGUAAAAGUAACGGGUAUGAGUACAUUGUGGGGAGAGUCUGGAUCGGCGUUUGGCUUGUUAUCUUGGUGCUGAUAAUAGUGGCUGCUGAGGGCAGCUUCCUGGUCCGCUUCAUUUCCCGCUACACCCAGGAGAUCUUCUCCUUCCUCAUCUCCCUCAUAUUCAUCUUUGAGACAUUUGCCAAACUAGUCAAGAUUUUUGAGGCACAUCCUCUGAAGGAAAUAUAUACGAACAGCACUCUAUUCAUAAAUGGGGAGCCACUGGAAGCCCAACCCAACACUGCUCUGCUGUCCCUCAUCCUCAUGGCAGGAACAUUUUUCAUUGCUUUCUUCUUACGAAAGCUCAAGAACAGCAGUUUUUUUCCUGGCAAGCUUCGGCGUGUGAUUGGUGAUUUUGGUGUCCCUAUUGCCAUCUUUAUCAUGGCACUGGCAGACUACUUCAUUGAUGAUACCUACACUCAGAAACUGAAGGUUCCAAAAGGCAUUACAGUCUCCAAUCCAGAGGCGCGAGACUGGUUAAUCCAUCCACUAGGACAAAAUAACAGUUUCCCCAUCUGGCUGAUGAUUGCUGCAGCUCUACCGGCUCUCUUGGUUUUCAUUCUCAUCUUCAUGGAAUCACAGAUUACUACGCUGAUAGUGAGCAUACCUGAAAGGAAGCUGAUGAAGGGUUCAGGUUUCCAUCUAGACCUGCUUCUAAUUGUUGGCAUGGGGGGUGUGGCAGCCUUUUUUGGAAUGCCUUGGCUCAGUGCUACCACUGUGAGGACCAUCACACAUGCGAAUGCUCUGACAGUAAUGUCCAAGGCUACUGUUCCAGGGGAGAAGCCCGUCGUCCAGGAAGUCAAGGAGCAGAGGAUCACUGGCUUGCUGGUGGCCAUUCUUGUAGGCCUCUCCAUCCUCAUGGAACCCAUACUGAAGUUGAUUCCACUUGCAGUGCUUUUUGGCAUCUUUCUUUACAUGGGUGUAACAUCCCUUUAUGGGAUCCAGCUGUAUGAACGCAUCCUUCUUAUUUUGAAACCCCGCAAAUACCACCCAGAUGUGCCUUAUGUUGCAAAAGUAAAGACCUGGCGCAUGCACGUGUUCACUGCCAUCCAGGUUGUGUGCCUCGCCUUGCUGUGGGCAGUGAAAUCAACCAAAGCCUCCCUUGCCCUGCCUUUCCUUCUCAUCCUGACAGUGCCUUUGCGACGCUACCUGCUUCCAUGUUUCUUCAGUGACCUUGAACUCAAGUGUUUGGAUUCUGAUGAUGCUGAGGUAGCUUUUGAUGAGACAGAGGGCCAGGAUGUCUAUGAUGAAAUCCAGAUGCCUAUUUGAGUGCCUGCGGUGCUGCAUCCUUCACACAGAUAAGGAACCAAGAGCCCUUCACUAAACUAUUGGACCAAAAAACCCCCCAAACCCAAAUAUAGAAGAAUAUAUUCUGUACACUUCUGAAUCAGAGUGUACAGAAGUUGCACAUUGGUAAACAUUCCACAGGUGAAAAUCAACACACAGAUUUCAUAGCAUUGAGAUAACUAACAUAAUCUUACAGUCACCAUAGUUCUGCAGUGAAUGUUGACAAACAUAUAGGAAUAGACUUACUUUUCCAGAAAGUGAGGGUACAGAAUCAAAGCUGUGAUUGGAUUGCAAGAACAUAGGAAAUUCAUAUGUGGACUCUAUUUUUAAUGCUCUUCCUGUAUGCAUGCAUGUGUGUGUCUGUAUUUACAUGUGUGUGCCUGCAUGCAUGUGGAUAAAGCUUUAUCAGUUGUACACAAAAGGCCCAUCUACAUUUUGCUCAAGGCAGAAGGUGCUUCUGUCAGUCACCAACACCAGCAUACAACAAGAAAUGACCAUUGACAUUUUGGAAAGACUGAACAUACAACCCUAUUCUCCCUGUUGAUGGAACAACUCAUCCUGGAAUGGACCAAACACAUGACUGAACCUGGGGAGAACUCGUAGACUGACAUAAUCUUUCUUGGACACAGGAGCUGCUAAGUUCGAAAGGGUUUGAAGAGUAAAUGAGUCAUAGAACAAAAACAGAAGAGUUGCCCUGUAAAGUUCAAGAUAUUGUCUUAGUAAAGGAAACAAACAUCCAUUACCUCAGAUCAGAAACCUGGUAAGAGAUGGCAGAAUCACCUAAUAGGAGGAAGGAUCAAGACUACUACUUGAGUGAGAACACUGUUGGAUUGACAAAAUAAUGAGAAGGUGCACACAAAAAACCUUGCUUCAAAGGGAAGCUGGCUGACCUUUUCUUUGAAAUCCCACUAGGGAAACUGUCAUGAGACCAAGUUUGAGGGCAUCAUCAAGAAGAGAUAUCCUUUCCUGGUGCUGCUCAGCUUUACUUGCUUCUAUUUCCUGUUGGCACUUGCAAUUAAGUGGCUGUUGCUCCCCUCUUCCUGAAAGCUACUAUGCUCUGGCUGGGGUCUAGAGCCAUACUCAGGGAAAUUGUUCUGUUGGUAUAAGUUAGGUAUAUGAACUACAAAUGAACUUGUAUCUUAGAUUACAAAAACCAGAACUGCAUGCUUUAAUGUGUAGGUAUAGAAUCAGUUGUCAAGUUAUCAAAUCAACAUCCUGAGAAUUAGCUUUCAAUAGAGAAAACUAUUUCUAGUUCUUAUGGUGGAAGGCAAGUGUGCAUAACUUUCCUCCUUUCCUCUCUGCCUCAUCUGCCUUGCAUGUCAGCACAUUCUGAAGUAUUUGAAACCUGUGUCAGAGAAGUUGAACAGAUGCCUGUAAACAGACUUACUUUAUAUUAUAUAUUCUAUUGUGUCAUAUACACAUAGCUCUAAGAAUAACUCCUCUAUGCACCAGUGCAAGAAACAAAUGUGCUACAUGUUCUGCUGUACUUGGCUACUUGGUGGAGGUACCACAUCCAGCAACUUUAGUGAUACACCCCAUGCCUUACUUCACAGGGUUCCAGAUCUUUCCCAUUUGCAAACCUACUGUACUAGCUGUUGCCAGAAGUUCGAAAUCAGGUUCUGGUGUCCUCACAAAUCUUUAUUUGGUCCCUACGGCUCCAGUUAAUCCAGAAUUUCAAACACCUGGCCUCCUUCCCCUCUAGCUGAUGCAUGUAGUAUCUGUUGAAAGUCUCCAUAUCUUUCAUGCACUGGACUCUGAAAAUCCUAACAGCUCCCCUGAUUUCUUUUUAGGAAGACAAAAGCAGUGAAUCAGAAUGUAAGCACAAUAUCUUACACUUAUUUGAUAAUGCUAGUCCCCUACUAUGUUAGGAGGUUUGAAAACUCCUAUGGUGACAAAUACGAACCAAAUACUGCUUGCAACCAUUUCAGCAAUAAAAUAUGUGUGUUACUUUCCUAAAAAAUUACUUCCAAACUUUAUCUUUCCAUAAUUUCCUGGAAUGUCCACUCUUUAAUUUGGUAGUCCCCACUUUCUAAUUCCAGUUAUGUGUAGGCUGCUAAUGUGAUUUACUAGGAGUGAUAAGCUUUUUAUAUAUAGCCAGGGGUGCUCUCACCUUCAUUGUUAAUUCACAUAAUCUGAGUCCUAGGCCAGAUUAGGGGCUAAGUACAAAUUUGAAUAGCAGCAGGCUUAGGAAAAACGGUAAUAUUUCUUCAUGCAAUGCAUGAUCAUCUUAUGGAACUUGACACAAACUGUGAUAAUGGACACUAACUUUGGUGGCUUUUUAAAAAGGACAGGAUAAAUUAAAUAAAACAUGUAUCAAUGGAUGUUAGCUAUGAAAGCUAAAUAGAAUCUCCAUUUCCAGAAGCAGUAUACCUCUGUUUACCACAUGAUUAGAACAGAAUAUAAGGGAGAGCUGUCUUCAUCAUUCUCUGUAUGCAGGGUUACCAAAUGCAUGCACCUGGCUGUUAAGAAACAAACAAACAAACAAACAAACAAACAAACAAACAAAAGCACCUAAAUUGGUGGACAUUUGCUCUUAUUCAGCAUAGAGAUCCUUAUAUCUUUUUAUUAAUGGAUGAAAAAGUGAGCAGGAAAAAGACCAAGAAACAUAUUUUGUUCAAACUUUGAACAAAAGUAAUUGAUUAGUUCAUUCAGCAAGGGGAAAAUAACAGGACCAGACUUUCACCCUGUCAGAAUUUACCACCAUGACUCCAGUUUGUGUUGGCUGAGGGUCAAUGUAUCUAACAUUCUAAGGGUUGUUGUAAUCUUAUCCUGCACUACCCUGCUAUAAUUAGGGCUGCCAUUUAGUGGUGAGGAUCGAAGAGGGCUUCUUUAGUUUCAACAGCAGCAGGACAGAAAGUUUGUGAACAGAUUUUUUCAAGCAUGGUGUUGCAAUGAUAGGACAUGCUUUGCCUGCUGACAAUUAUCCAGAUAUUAAAUACCCAGGAGCCCUUCUAGGAAAAAGCUGGCAUUCCUACUUGUAAGUAAUGUGGUAUACACUUUAAGUUAGUGAUAAUGGGCUUUUAUAAUUUAUUUAAAUUCAUGUUUAAUACUUUGCUUCACUUUUUCUGAUUUUAUCAGAUAAGCAAGUGAACAGUGUUUUGCAAUAGAGAUUAUGUGAUAGUGUGCAGUAUAACCUUUGUGAUUUUUCUGCUUGACUUAUAUUAUUGAUCAUGCCAAUAGUAUUACAAUUGCUUUCUUGAUUAGAACAACAAUAAACUUUUUUAAAAACCCUACAAA